AUGCGCUUCCUAAUUCUUGGUGCUACAGGCCCAAGCGGGGUUCUUCUCAUUCGCAAAACUCUCGAAGUAUACCCAGAUUCCACAAUCAUCGUCUUCGCCCGUUCUCCCAACAAGAUACCAGAGGACCUGCGGAACAAUGGCUCCCUCACAAUUGUCAAAGGCACAUUCGACGACCUGGACGAGCUAGAAUCGGCAGUGCAGCUCGGAAUCGACGUCGUGCUCUCUGCGCUUGGACCAGUCGUGUCACCGUCGGCGCUCACAACCCAUUCACCCACCACACCGAUCGCGACAUUCUAUGGGCAUCUCAUUGACUUGCUGUAUAAAUAUAACGUCAAGCGCUUCAUUUCCCUGUCCACUGCGUCCGUCACCGACCCCCAUGAUAAGCCCAGCUUGAAGUACGCGGCCAUUGUUAGGGGGGUGAAGACGGUGGCGUAUCCGGCGUACGCUGAUAUCGUGGCUAUGGGAGAGGUCAUUCGGAGUAAAGGGCAGGACUUAGAUUAUACGCUUGUCCGUGUUCCUUUCUUGACAAAUGGCGAUACCGAGGGUGUCUAUGCUGGGUAUAUAGGAGACGGGAAGAUUGGGGUUACCUUAUCCAGGAAGGGGUUUGCAGCUUUCAGUGUAGGCGAAGUAGCGAACCGAAAAUGGGUCAAGGCGGCACCUAUGAUUUCUAACGCUUAA